UGGCCGCCUCCGCCUCUGCCUCAGGGAGGAGGUCAUUCUUCAGCAGGGAGGUGGAGGCAUCGUUCCCCAGCUUGGUGCUGCACCUCGGGGACCCGGCACCGGCAGUCCGUGAUGCGUGCAAGAUGGCCCUGCACCGGUGUGCCCCAUUCCUGGCAUCAGAGAGGGUGCGACGUCGCGUGGCCGCCAGCACUGGGCUGAGCGCCGCCGAGCUGCAGGAUGAGCUCUGCAGGCACCUGGCCCGAGACUGCCCCGCACUGCUGGAGAGCCUCUGCCACAUGGCCCAGAGCUGCUGCACGGGGAGCUGCCAGGCGCCGCAGGAGGCAGCCGUCCGCAUCCUGGGCCUCCUGAUGAAUGCGGCGCCAGCCGAGAGGCCGCAGCGGCAGGACCCGGCGUCGCGGUGGGGAGGUUUCUUCACUGGCGUGGGUGCCCGGUCUGGCCCUGCGCGUGGUGAGAAUGGUGGCAGUGUGGUCGGGGCCGUCCCUGCGGCCAUCACGACCUUCGCCGCCGUGGUGAUUUCUCUUCUGGACCAGUUGGAAGAUGCUCAGGGCGGCAGAGCAGAGGCCUACCGCCAGCUGGAGAGCGUCUUGUGGGGCGACGAGAGCGACCUGCAGAGCUCUGUCGCAGGCAGAGCCAUAGCACUGGCAGCCCAGGACCUGCGCGUGGCCCAGGACACGACGGCCGCCGUGAGGAUGGCGGCGAGUGACGUCCUGGUGGCGCUGGCCCGCUGGCACCUGCAUGAUGUGGUGUCGGUGCUGCAGGGCCACCUCCAGGCCCUGGAGGAGAUGUCGGUGGAGCUGGUCCUCCACACUCUGCACAACCUGGCCAUCCGCUACGCCCUGCAGUGCGUGCCCUUUGCGGGAAAGACGCUGGCAGCCCUGCGCGGCGUGCUGAGCACAGCGGGGAGCAGCCGGAUGCUGUGCGCCGUCUGUGGCGUUGUGGAGCAGUGGUGCAGCGGGAUCAGCGCAUACCUCCGCCAACGGGAGAAAUGCGACUUCCCUCACCUGGGGGCCGCCCAGCUCUGCGCCCCUGUUUACUCGCUUGGCAAGCAGGCCAUGCUGAGGGCGAUGGCUGUUAUGAUGGGUGUCCUGCUGCACGCGGAGGAGCACCACCAACAUGCCUGGGAGCAGCUUCUCUGGCUGCUGCACCAAUACCGAGAAGUCCAGGACCCCUCAGGGGUGACCAGGAGUCUCAGCUAUUUCCUGUGGGCCGUGAUGGAUGUUCAGGCCCAGGUGCCCCGAGCCAAGAUUCUGGCUGUCAUCGCGGCUGUGCACGAGCAGCUCUGCGAUGAGAUGGAGCCGCCCAGCCCAGGGCACCGAGCAGAGUUGUGCCACUGCAUGGUGCUGCAGGCCCGAAUUUGCCCGGAGGAGACCAUCGUGUUCCUGUACUAUAAGCUCAGGACCGGGAACAAGGUCGAUCGCGUGGCAGCCGUGGAAAUGCUGCAAGCUCUUGUCCGCUGUGACGCCCCCGACGUGAGAGAGAAGCUGCCCCUGUUCACCAAGCUGGUGCAGUCUGUGUGCCACGACCCUGCAGCCCAGGUGAGGAAGGCAGUGCUGCGUUUCCUCGGGGAGCUGCUGCACUCCAGCGCCCCGGGCUGCUCGGCGUGGGACGUGGUGGGGCACCUCUUCGGCGAGUUCAGCCGGGCCUCGGGCAGACUGGCAACAGGAAAACUUUCGGUGGUGGAAGUGUGGGAAGAGAGGACUGUUCAGCGCCUCUGCGCCCACGUCCUGGGCUCACUGGACGUAUCUGCCGGAGCGGUGGCCAAGCUCCUGUGGCCGAGGCUGCUGCAGUAUGUGGUGCCAGCUGAGUAUACGGGCAUGCUGGUCCCGCUGUGCCGCUGCCUGCGUGCCCUGGCCGAGAGAGCAGAGAGAACAGAGGGCGAGGAAGAGAAGGCGGCGCCCGAGGCCCUGAAGCCUGCAGAGCCAGCCCCUCUGCCGGCUCCCCAAGCCCUGCUGGCUCGUCUGCUGGUGGUGGCAGCUGUGGCUCCACACACAGGCGGUGGCCAUGGAGCCGCAGCCCUGCAGCUGCUGCAGGUGCUCUGUGGCACGAUCCACAGAGCCGUGGGGGCGAGCUGGGCCACAGAGAUCCCCCUGCUGCUGCAGCACCUGGCAGGAACAACCGCCGGCUUCCUGGACAGGGCCGAGUGGGACAGCCUCCUGCUGAAGUUCCUGCGAGCGUCGCUGGAGGUCAUCGCCAGCGAGGCCUGGACCGUGGAGCUGAGCCGGGAGCUGAGCCGGCAGCUGGGUGGCUCUCCCCGCCUGUCCUGGGAGAAGGUCUGUGCCCUGGCGGCGGCGCGCCCCGAGGGCUGCAGCGGCAGAGCCUGGGAGGCUCAGGCCGGGGCGAGGGCUGGCGGCGGUGAUCUGCCACAGCUCACCGUGGCCGGGGCCCGGCCUCUCCUCUUGCAGCGGUUCCUCUACAAGGCUCUCGGCACGGCCCUGGCAGCUUGUGGGUGUCUGCGCCACGUGCGAGAGCAGACCCUGCAACAUCUGGAAGCAACCAACUUCCUGGAGCUGUGGGAGGCACAGGGAAUCGUUUCGGUUGUGUCCCGCUGCGCCGAGAGCCACUUCCAGCUGGCAUUGUCCUCAGUGCAGCAAUUCACGGGGACCUUGAAACACCGGAAGCAGAGCCACGCACUGAGGAACCGCGCUGCUCGUGCGACGCUCAUGGUGAUCUACGGCCGGAUGGCGCUGCGCGCCCCCAGGGAGCAGCUGCUCACCCACGUGGAGAGAGACAUCGUGGGGAACGUCCUGCAGCUCUACCGAGAGGGCUGCCAGGACGCGCAGCUGAAGCUCUCCCUGGUGCAGAGCGUAACUGAGAUCAGCCUUGCCAUCCAGGCUGCAGACGCCGGCCCCAGGUUCGAGCUGUGCUGCAAGCGGGAGCUUCUGCAGAUGCUGCUGGAGGUGAUGCAGGAGGAGCCCCAGGAGUCCCCAGUGCAGCCCCGGGCCCUCAUGGCUGUGGAGCAGUUGAGCAAGCUGAAGCCCCGUCUGAGCAGGGAGGAAAAAUGCAGCCUCCUGGCUCAGUGCUGCCGGGGCGUCGUGUGCCUCCGUCACCCAGAGCAGAUGGAGGCGAGAGGGGAGGCGGCAGCGGCUGCUCCAGUGGCACCGGGUGUGCAGGCGCCAUCCCUGCGAGCGCUGGGCCAGCUCAUGAGAACCCUUCUGCGGGAAGAGCCGGCCCCCAUCUGCUUCGAGGACGUGGUACAGGUCCUGCGGCACUGGCUCGCCUCAGCCGAGGAGUGCGAGCGGGAGAGGGCCCUGCAGGUGUGCGUUCAGCUGCUGGGUGCUCAUGAGGAGCAACGCGAGCAUGGGCGAGGCCGCGCCUGCGAGCAGUUCGGCUCCCUGGCGGGACUACUGGGGCCUCUGACCUGUGAUGCCUCAGCUGCGUCCCGCUGGCGGGCAGCCACCUGCCUCGGCCACCUGCUCCAAAUCGGAGCUGAGACCACGGACGUGGCGCCGUGCACUAACGAGAUCGGGUACCUGCGGGAGAGGCUCAACGCCGUCGCCCCCGACUCUCUGCUGGCCACCUCUACCAACAUCGCAAAGCUGGUUUGCAAGCAUGUCCCCCAAGGCCAGGCUGCAGACUUCAUGGACACUGUCAUGGAGAGCCUGCAGUGCACCAGGCCCGUGCGCGCGUGGGCUGCUGGGCGGUGGGCACUCACCUUCCUGGGGGACUGCGGAGAGCAAAUAUUCCAGGAGGAGGUACCUGAACUCGUCACCAUCCUCUGCACCUGCCUGCAGAGCACCCAGCAGAGCACCCGCAGGUGCUUUGUGCUGCGAGCGAUGUUCAUCCUGGCCCGCUGCCACCAGGAACCGGUGAUUGACAGUCUCCUCCAGAGGUGUCUGCCCAUGGACAGCAACACAGUGGAAGUGUGGAGGAGCCUAGGGAGAAGCGCUCUGGGAUACCCAAUCCUGGAGCGCUUAACUGAAAAGUUAAGGGCAGCCGGAGACAGCAGCCAGGGGAGCGAGUGCUGCGCUCGGGAGCUGGGCAGCAGCCAGGCUGCCCUGGAGCCUCACACGAUCAUCCGCGCCCUCUGUGAGAUGGUGUCAGUGCUGCAGAGCGAGGGGCUGGUCCAGCACCUGCUUCCUGACCUGCUUCCCAGCCUCCUGGGGCAGGUCAGUGAGACGCUGCGGGAGGAGAUGGAACCGUCCCUCAGGGAGCCCGAGAGCUCCGACACGUCAGGCAGGCUGUUUGUGGAGGUGCUGGAGCUGGUGCUCUCCAAGUGCCUGGAGGAGCGGUGGCUUCGGCUGCUCCGGGAGCAGGAAGCAUGGGCGUCCCUGGCCGAGCCCCAGGCUCACAGCGCUGGCGUGUGUCUUCUGGCGAGGUGA